UCAUGCGCUUCAGCAAAUGUUGUAUUUCUUUUGGUUGACAUAGUUUUGCAAUUUAUUCAGUAAUUUGUUUGCUAAUGCUAAUGCUCGAUAAUAGUAUUCUAUCCCGUGUCAAUUUAAAGUAGCGUGAACCCUGAAUAUUUUUGUAAAGUAGACGCGUGUUCGAGUGUGCUUGAAUAAUGAAUACAUGGGCAGCGCUGUAUGUUUGUAAUUAAUUUUCGCACGCCCACUGCACAGGUUGGGCUGGUGUUUGUUGUGAUGAUUAAUGCCCGAGAUUGAGUGAUAAUAUAUUCGUUUCCUCUAUUUAUCGACAAUGUCACUGCAAAAAAGUGAGAAAAGUUUGAGGAGCGCAGGAGGCGAAAGAGGUGACCAGGAUAACGCGUCAAUAUGUUCGUCUGUGACCACGCAACCGGACAGACAUGGGUUUUUAGGAGGAGCUCAAUAUAGUCCAGAACCUAAGAGGACUUUAUCACCGAGUACGAUAUUGAAGAGGGAGCAGAAAUGGCUGCGCAUGCUUAACAACUGGGAGGCUUUCAUGAGCAAAAACUACAAGAAAGUUCGCGAGAGGUGCAGGAAAGGCAUCCCAGCGUCCGUGCGGCCGAAGGCGUGGCUGUACCUGUGCGGGGGUCAGCUGCUGCUGGAGAAGCACCCUGACGAGUACGAGGAGCUGCUGAAAGCCCCCGGAGACCCUAAAUGCAUGGAGGACAUUAGAAAGGACCUCCACAGACAGUUCCCCUACCACGAGAUGUUUAUACGCGAGGAGGGACUCGGUCAACAAGAGCUGUUUUGCGUGCUCAAAGCCUACUCGGUACUCAACCCGAAAGUUGGGUACUUCCAAGCGCAGGCGCCUGUCGCCGCUUUCCUGUUGAUGCACAUGCCUGCGGUGCAGGCCUUCUGGUGUCUCGUCAGCAUCAGCGACAAGUACCUCAGCGGGUACUACAAUCCUGGACUCGAGGUGCUCCAGCGCGACGGCGACAUCCUCCACGCGUUACUCCGUCGCACGGCGCCGGCGGUGCAGCGCCACCUGGCGAAGCACCGCGUGGAGCCUGUGCUGUACGCGACCGAGUGGUUCCUGUGCGCGCUGACCCGCACCCUGCCCUGGGACAGCCUGCUGCGGGUGUGGGACUGCUUCCUGUGCGAGGGGGUCAAGGUGCUAUUCAAAGCGUCUCUCGUGAUCCUGGCGGGCGCGCUCGGGUCGGCGAAGGUGAGGAAGCGGGCGAGCGGGCUGUGCGAGACGCUGGAGCUGCUGCGCCACCCCCCGGACCACGUGCUGGCGGAGGAGUACCUGGUGUACCACAUGCACCGUCUGCCGCUCACCGAGGAGGACUUCGAGUUUGAACACCAGCGCCAGACCGCGAGACGACGAGCUAUGCCUGCGAGGAGUGGCAGCUGAUUCAGCGACUGCUCCUACAAGCGUUAUUCCAAGAAUAACGCUAGGGACAUCUUCCACACUUUGUAAAGUGACAGAACGAAAACAGACUCGAAACGACAGUGAUACGAACCACAUAUAGUGACUAGUGAUACAAAGUGCAAUUGCG